AUGGAUAAUCUACCAUACGAGCAGCUGGCGGCUUCGAAGCCAUUUCGAAUUCUGGUCGGCAAGGACAAGAAGGAGUUCAUGAUGCAUGCUGGGCUCCUUGCCCACCUCCCCAGACCACUUAGAGCACUCGUCAACAACAAGAUGAAAGAGACGAAUGAGGGUCUUGCAGAGUGA